GAGUUGCAUGGAUUACAUUGGAAAUUUAUGCGACAGAAUUCACAUAUUUUUGGCAAAAGACGCGGAAUCUUAUUAAUUUGAGGAAAUUCUUAAGAGGAUAUUAGGAUUUUUAUGUCUGGCGGCCGAUAUUGAAUAUAUGUAUUAUUGAGGAAACGUUGUUUUUUGUGCCAUGGAGAAAAUUACGAAACUUUACACAAAGCAGGCUCCACAGCGUGAAUGUAUCUCCAUCCAUGUUGGCCAAGCCGGAGUCCAGAUGGGCAACUCCUGCUGGGAGUUGUACUGCCUUGAGCACGGCAUCGAGCCCGAUGGCAUGAUGCCUUCAGACACCUCUGUCGGCAAGGAGAAUGAUGCCUUCAACACUUUCUUCAGCGAGACUGGCUCCGGGAAGCACGUACCCCGUGCCGUCUUCGUGGAUCUCGAACCGUCUGUCGUAGACGAGGUUCGAACCGGUACCUACCGUCAGCUCUUCCACCCUGAGCAGCUGAUCACCGGCAAGGAGGAUGCUGCCAACAACUACGCCCGUGGUCAUUACACCAUUGGUCGGGAACACAUCGACAAUGUCAUGGACAGAAUUAGGCGAUUGGCUGACAAUUGCAGUGGUCUUCAGGGCUUCCUGAUCUUUCACAGCUUCGGAGGCGGAACUGGAUCCGGGCUAAACGCUCUCCUUAUGGAGCGUCUCUCUGUCGACUUUGGCAAGAAGUCCAAGUUGGAGUUUGCCAUUUACCCGGCACCUCAAGUUUCUACUGCUGUUGUCGAGCCCUACAACUCAAUCCUCACUACCCACACCACCCUCGAGCAUUCCGACUGUGCCUUCAUGGUCGACAACGAGGCGAUCUACGAUAUCUGCAGACGCAACCUCGACAUCGAGCGGCCGUCGUACCAGAAUCUCAAUCGCCUGAUCGGCCAGAUUGUGUCUUCCAUCACCGCUUCUCUGCGUUUCGAUGGCGCCCUCAACGUCGACCUGACGGAGUUCCAGACUAACUUGGUGCCCUACCCCCGUAUCCAUUUCCCCCUUGUUACCUACGCCCCAGUCAUCUCUGCUGAGAAGGCUUUCCAUGAGCAGCUCAGUGUUUCUGAGAUCACCACUUCCUGCUUCGAGCCUCAGAACCAGAUGGUGAAGUGUGACCCUCGACACGGCAAGUACAUGGCCUGCUGUCUCCUGUACCGUGGUGACGUCGUCCCCAAGGAUGUCAACGCCGCCAUCGCUACCAUCAAAACUAAGCGUACCAUCCAGUUCGUCGACUGGUGCCCAACUGGCUUCAAGGUCGGUAUCAACUACCAGCCACCCACCGUCGUCCCCGGUGGUGACCUUGCCAAGGUGCAGCGUGCCGUCUGCAUGUUGAGCAACACCACCGCCAUCGCCGAGGCUUGGGGUCGUUUGAAUCACAAGUUCGAUCUGAUGUACGCCAAGCGUGCUUUUGUCCAUUGGUACGUCGGAGAGGGUAUGGAGGAAGGAGAGUUCGCCGAGGCUCGCGAAGAUUUGGCUGCUCUCGAGAAGGACUACGAAGAAGUCGGUAUCGACUCUCUCGAAGGAGGAGAAGAUGAAGAGGAAGACUAUUAGAUAUCCAGACGGUCGGGACUAUGUUUCCUGAAAUUUAUUAUAAAAAAGCAAUAAAAAUAAAUACAAAUUUGAUAUCAACCAAUCAAAUGCUAUUAUUUCAUCAGCCUUUAAUAGCUAUCUUAUCAAAUAUCAGGUUUUACAAUUUUGUGAAACAAGACCCGAUUGAAGUUCCAUAUUUCAUUACUACUGCCUCGUCAUGACAUUCUCUCAACAAAAUACUUUAAACUUUCUAUUACCUGUCAAUAUACGUACACCAGAAUUUAUUCUUGGGAAAGGGGGGAGGUAUGAUUGUUGAAAUGUAUGGAUCAAAAUGAAAGAGAGGGAGAAAAGCGGCCGAGCUGAUAAUGGAUGCAAGGGGGGGGGGGUAAAUCAAAUUAAAUUAAAGACAUUAUGCGUACUUUGGGUAAAUAAUAUGUUUGUGAACUCACCACAAAGACUUCUAUUCCCAAAUGAUAUCUUAAGCAAUUUUAAGAAAAAUCAGGAGAUAUUUUUGUUUUCUAUAUGAAUAUUGUUAUGAUAAAUGAGUCCAAAUAUUUGAUAUUUCUGUGAUUAUGUUCUACUUAAAUUAUAUGAUCAUACUAUCUUUCUAUCGAUGAUGAUUGUGUGAUGUAUAAUCCUCUUGCUAUGUUUCUUGCCAAUGUCUUUCUUUGAGAUUCUCUGGUUUAAUUUGCUCUUUGCAAGCCUCGACUCUUAACACACCAAAAACGUCAACCUGCGCUUCAGGGUCCCGUUUUACAAUGAGUUACAAUUGAUCCGAUCAAUCGUAACUCUAUCGAAAUCCAUCAGUGUCGUAAAUUUUCUUUUUCUACACUUAAUUUGAACAAUGUACUUUGUGAAGAACAAGAUGCCGGGCAAGAAACACACUGAAUUUUAUAGGAAACAAUGGAUGUAUGAAUAUACAUCAUAUCUAGAAAACAUUUUGUAUUUUUAGAUGUCGAAGUUGCUGGCUUUCCGUCGUUGUGGUUGAUAGGAUCAAUCGUAUCUCUAUGUAAGACGGGGCUCUGGUGUCCACAACACACAGCUUCGCAAUCAUCGUAGAAGAAUAUCUUUACGAGUGAUUUCAUUGACUACAAUGAAUAAUCAAUUGUUACAAUCAAGCGUACGUUUAAUUGCUAAUGUUUGUGUUACGUGACCCCGCUAUCACAUUCACACCCCAACGAAGCCGAUUCCAAACUAGUUUGUCUUUAAAAAUAACGUUAAAUCUUUGAUCGGUUUGACGUCUGUAUGGUUUGUGUGACUGCCACAGAAGAGCUGUGAACUCCUAUGGAGUCUUACACCCUCUCUUGAAAAUGGUGAAUUUGGUGAAUGUGAAUCCACCGAAAACAAUUGUCAAAAUCAUUGUUUAGAAUGUCCCAACAUUUGGGCUGAUUUUUUUUUCAAUUUCAUUUUUAUGUCGGAUAUACAUUCCCCAAUAUAUUUUGACCAUUUCAAGAGUAAUUUCUUUGCCAUGUCAUGAGUUAGGCUGCUUCAUAGAGUGAAAAACCGAGACUCAAUGAGGCUUAUUUCGAAUAUAUUCUAUUGAUUUAUUGUUGCCAUGUCUGUGUCAAUGUCUGAAUAUCAAAUAAAGUUGAGAAAAGAACUGUA